AAACGAGAACUCCCCAAAUAUAUUUCUAAAUUUAACCCAACAAAACAUUUUAGUAAAUUGCUAUUGGCUGUAACGUUAUUCGCGUAUCGGUUAUUCAAAAUAUCAAAGUGUCCAGGUCUUUGCAGUGUCAUUGGCAAGAUCUAGAAAGGAAUCCAAGGAUCUGGAGCAGCUGGAGGACCUAGGAACACAAAACUUUAGAACUCGUUUAUUUUGUUCUUUCAUUAGCAACGUACACGGCUCAGAGGUUGUUUUCCGAGCCCCCUUUUCGGUCCACUGUUUCGAUUUUAUGUUUUUUCAGUCUUUCGGAUUCCAUCAAGGAAAGCACAGUCCCGUUUAUAUUUUAAUAUUUUUUAUCAUCACAUUUUAUGUUGGUGAAUUUCGUUCUCUUUUUGGAAAAUUUUUACAUUUCGGUCUUGGAAGUGACAACUCAAAAUCGUAUAUAGUUUACGUGAUUAAUUUAAACCAACGCGUAAUCGCCGAGUUCCAAAUCUUCCAGCGUGGUGCGUUGUUAUCAAGUGGCAGCGUAAGUUGUUGAAUCUCUAUUAGGAAUCAUUGCCAUUUUCAAGAACAUAAUGCGUGGACAACUGCUGCUACGUGGCCCCGCCUUGGCGAAACACUGGUGCCGCCUGCGCUACCGCUCGCCCGCCACCUUCCGCAUGGAGCAGAUCCGCUUCGCGACUGCCGGUUGCUCAGAGACCGUCAAGGGCGGCAAGGGUCUCGUACUGGGCCUCUACGAAAAGGAGUCUGGCAAGGGCCCGCGCCUCACCCCCGCCGGAGAAAAGUUCGACGACCGUGUCCAGGGCAAGCUGACGGAGCUGGUGUGCGAAACGAAACUGACCGGCCGCCUUGGUCGCGGCAAGGUCUUCAACAACAUAGACGCAGACUUCCGGUCCGUUUGCGUGGUGGGCGUGGGCCUAGAAGGCAUUGCCUUCAACGAGCUCGAGAUGCUAGACGAGGGCAUGGAGAAUGUCAGAGUGGCGGCGGGGAUCGGUGCCAGAUCCCUGCAGAGCAUCGGAUGCACGGAGGUGCAUGUGGAUAACAUGGACUAUGCCGAACAGGCCGCAGAGGGUGCAGCCUUGGCCAUUUGGCGCUAUGAAGAGAACCUGGCCAAGAAAUACCGCAGCACCAUACCAAAGCUGGAGCUCUACGGCUCACCCGACGUGGAGUCGUGGACGCGGGGUCUGUUUAAGGCCGAGGCCCAAAACUUGGCCCGGCGUAUCUGUGACGCGCCGGCCAACUGCAUGACCCCCACCAUCGUAGCCCAGACCGCUGUGGAUGCGCUCUGCCCCUGCGGCAUCACUGUCGAGGUGCGCACCAUGGAGUGGAUAGAACAGCAGCAUCUCAAUUCCUUCCUUAUGAUUGCCAAGGGCAGCUGUGAGCCCCCUGUCCUCCUGGAGGUUGCUUAUUGCGGCACCGCACCCGAGGACAAGCCCAUUUUGCUGGUGGGCCAGGGCAUAACGUUCAAUUCCGGAGGUCUUAACCUGCGCGCUUGCAAGGGCAUGGACGAGUUCCGUGGCGACCUAACCGGAGCGGCAUCAAUCCUGGCCGCUAUGCGGGCGGCAGCCGCCCUCUCCCUGCCAAUCAAUAUCACGGCCGUGAUACCGUUGUGCGAGAACCUGCCCUCGGGCAUGUCCUGCAAGCCUGGCGAUGUGGUCACACUGCUGAACAGCAAGUCCCUAGCCGUCCGUAACAUUAGCCGCACCGGUGUGGUGGUCAUAUCCGAUCCCAUGCUCUACGGCCAGAUUACGUACAAGCCUCGGUUGGUGGUGGAUAUUGGGUCCAUGUGCACAGGCAUCAAGAAGGCCGUCGGCGGUGGCGCCACCGGCAUCUGGUCGAAUUCGCAUUACAUUUGGAAACAGUUCCAACGGGCUGGAUCUCUUACCGGGGACCGUCUCUGGCGGUUCCCCCUGUGGCGCUACUACAAGGACCGUGUUGCCGAGCACCUGAGCUUCGAUCUCCUGAAUGAUGGUGAUGGCCAUGCCUCGUCCUGCCUGGCGGCUGCUGUAUUGCACGAACUGGUUCCCUGCAGCGACUGGGCCCAUUUGGACACCUACGGCACCGGAUUGCUGAGCACUUAUGGACUGGUGCCUUAUUUGACAGCGGGACGGAUGACCGGAAGACCUACAAGAACCAUCGUACAAUUCCUCUACCAGAUGGCUUGUCCGGAGCAGCCCAAAUAGUUACGGAUAAGCCCGCUUCCCUCUAUCUACGAUUACGUUUUUGUUGGUUGUUUUACCUCGCCCUUGGCCCCGGACCUCUAUGUAUGGCUUCAAUAUUGUACGUAUAUGUCUGUAUAUCAGGACCAGUCGCUGCAGCGAUCGUAUUUUUAACCCAAAUGACUGAAUACCCGGAACUCGGGAAUCAAAUCGUGUUCUAAGUUUUAUGUAGUUUAUGUUAUGACUCGGCCAAGUGCCGGGGCCAAAUGGUCAGAAAAGCGAGUGUCUAAAUGCCAAAAACAUUAUUCCGAAAUUCUACCAGAUAAAUCAUUGUAUAUGUAUCCAAAAACAGUUAAAAUUCGGCACUUGUAAGAAACAUGUAAUAAAAUUGUAGGAACGUUAAA